AUAAAAACUUUGCAAACCAGCGUCUCCUUACUUUUUACAUCCUUCGCAACCUUUAUCUCAUUUUGUAAAGUUUAGAUCAAGUACAUCUUCGCUUUGAUAUCGCUUCGAAAACUUAUAUUGAUAGUGGACCAUUGUGCCAGAACUGAACCAUCCUCAGAAUGGGCUUAGGAGCGAGCAGUCAUGAGACUCUGAUGAGCGCAAACAAAUGUGUUUGUUGCAACGAGUCAUAUUGGGUGAGAUUUGAGCGCGACUAUUUCUCACAAGGGACUUGUCGCUGGGCAUUCCGCGGAACAUAUCACGGCAACGGAAAGCAUGCGGGUAACAAAUGUGUCACGAAAGUGUUCAAGGACAACGUAGCUAGGCACUACGACAGCUGGGUUCCGGACCUCUUAGCAUCUAAAGAAGCGGUAAGAAUGGGGAAAAACUUCAACAGAGAGCACCCGACUAACCGACAAAUUCAGUUUAUCACCCCCCUCAUCUGCAAAAUGGACAAAAUUGGAGACAGUGGCGGGUUUUUGUGGAUCCGGGAUGAAGAUGAAAGAUUUGUCCGAAAACAGGAGUGGGUAGCUGUAGAGCCUUUUAUUGAAGGCGAGUACAAGAAGUUCAACUCGAACAGUGGAGCAGUUUUUGGGUUGUCGGAAGCGCUUCCCGCGUUUUCUCACUACACUUAUGAUGCAUCGGAUCGAGAACUUGUCGUGUGCGAUUUGCAAGGGGUUCGAUCCCACAACUACUACUAUCUAACAGACCCGGCUAUUUGCUCACGUGAUGAACUCUAUGGACCGACAGAUAUUGGAGUGACUGGUAUUGCCAUGUUCUUUGAAAAUCACAUAUGUACGGAAAUAUGCAAAAAUUUUGCAAAACCGAAUAUUGACAAUGACUAUGUGGUGAAAGGAUUGCAGCCUAAAAGGAGCUCGAGUUAUACUUUUGAGUUUUCAGGCGCAGAAAGGGCUGCGAAUAGGUACUUCAGAAAUCGAAAGACUCUGCCGGCCGUUUCCGAAUAAAUCAUGUGUUGGCUCAAAAAUCAUGU